UGCAGGGUGUCCAACUACCAGGAGGUUGGCACGCUGACGCAUCUUUUCACCGGGAUUCAAAGGAAGGGCGUUCCGCUCCCAGAGGACACCGAUUCCGCCAGAGCCAACCGUAGGCGAAUGGUCACCGUCGCUCAGCUACAGCAGAUCGCGCAGGAGCUUCACAACGACAUAGUGACCACCAGGCCUGAUGACAGCGAUAACUUGGAAGAGAUCAAUUCAGCGAACAAGCUCAAAACGCUGCUGGCCAAUGCAUUGUUAUCGCUGGCGGUCAAGACUGUGACUGACACUGCUGACAUAAGGGCAAUAAAAGAACUGGAUCAUUUCUUGAACCGCAAAUGUCAUGGCCCGCAUGACGACCAGUGGGCGCUUCCUGUAAUGUUAGCGCAGUCAAGGUUGAACAAGGUGUCUGAAGUGCGGAGCGGUGGUUCAAACCGCGAGACUGAGGCCGAAAAGAGUCAAAGAGAACAGCUCGACAUUGUGGACGGCAUGCGCAAAGUGAUACGAGAGCUGACAGAUGGAGUGCUCGGAUACGUGGCUGACUGCGAGGCGUCCGAUGCAUCUGAAGCCUUGAGGGACAUCGCCUGCGGGCUGAGGAUCACAUGACGCCAAUGUAGAAUAGAACUUAGCCCCUCGGGUGAUGUCACGAGCCGCACAGCGCGACGUUAAAAAGAUGCGAUAGCGCUGCCA